AAAAACAUAGAAGAAUCUUUUGUCAUCCAUGGACGUAAAUGUUAUAGUUUCAUGAAGAUCAUUUUGAAUUAGAAAUUAGAAUUCUAUUCUUCAUGAUUAAUUUUUAUACUACCAGCAGUCACGAGUAGCACUUGUAGUCUUUUAUCUAUGGCUACCGGUGUUUGAGUCAAAAGUUUAGGACUGUAGUUAACUAAUAGACAACUAUCUUCUAUUUCUGUGUAUCCCUUGUUAUUGAGACGAAUAUUAAUAACUGCAAUAUUUAGAACAGCAAUUUGGCUUGAAUUUAUCCAACCACAGUGGAUGAUAGAUAACUUCACAUAAUUGUUCAAUAAUGGCAUACAAUAAUCAGCAUAGACAAUUGUUGCAGUAUUUCAUGCAUGAAAGAAUGGUUUCUGAUGUUAAUGCUCAAAAGGUGAUUAAAAUUCUGUUUUCCGAUAAAAAGAUUGAUGACAUCAUUGAACUAAUAAACAUCAAAAUUUCUCCACUCGAAUUCAAAAUCAACAAGGUGGUUUGUGAACAAAAUGGCAAUGUAACCUAUGUAUUCAUCUCUACGUUUGUUGACAAUUUCAAUGCUAAACCGGAUCCAAGCAAAAUAAUCUUUGGCGGAAUUGUUAAUCAUAUUUUUGCUUCAGGAGGAUCAAUAACAUACGACCAACUAAUGACAUUUUCAAAGAAUAUGUCUGAUAAUCAGUUGGAUAACUUUUUUGAAUCAAAAUAUUUGGUCGCUGACGAAAACAAAAAUAUAUUUUUAUCACCACUGGCCAUUAGCGAAUUGGAAGGGUAUCUGAUUGAAAAAUUUCAGGACAAGAAAUGUAUGUGUUGUAUGAGUAUUGUUGGACAUGGUAUCAAAUGUCAGUCAUGUGAACAGUUUGCACAUGGACAUUGCUUGACUGCGUAUUUUAAUAAUGUGGGCAGCAAGAAGUGUCCCAAAUGUUCUAAGAUAUUAGAUGUUAGUUGGAAUCCAAUAACUACAGUCAAUAACUUAUUAUAAAUGUAUUUUAUAUUUUAUUUAUAAUUAUUCCCUGACUAGUUUACUGUAAAAUGUAAUAUUUAUUUUAUGUGAUAUGUGAUUUUCUUAACAUUUUGAAUACAAACAUGUCAUACAUUAAUGUUUGGAUCUUAAAAAUGUAGGAUAUUUGCUACAUUUUAUUUCAUAUAAUAUUAAGCUUAAAAUUACAGAGCUGUUGCAUAAAACUGGAUGUUAUAGUUAACUAUAAGUUUAAAAUUAAAUUCAACAGGCUUAUAUCUAUAAAUGUUUUAAAAAUAGGUAAUAUUAAUUUACAAAUGAU